AUCCUUUCUCUGCAUGCAUUUGCCUUGGGUUUCUUGCGAAAAAAAGCGCCACAGAAUGUGAGUGUGAGAGAGAGACAGCGAGCUGGGAAUACAUCGAACUGGCGCACGAGCGCCUGAGAACCUACCCAAGCGUCGCUGUGCGUUUACACUCCUUUUCCGGUUCCCCCGAGUGACUUCUUUUAUUUCUUCAUCCGCGUUUCUCACUGUAAAGAACCGACACCGCGCGCGUGUAUGCAGCGAUGAAUCAAAGGAUCCAGACCAUCUCCGGUGUCUCUCUUGUCUCCUCUACCUUCUUCCCUUCUCCCUCGUAUCUUCUGCUUCUUUCGCCUUCCCUCGCUCCUCCCUUUCCUCUGUCUUCUCUCUCCUCUCUCUCCCCGCUCUUCGUUCUUUUCUCGCUCUCCUCGCUUUCCUUGUCUUCUUCUCUUUCCUUGUCUUCUUCUCUUUCCUCGUUUUCUUCUCUGGGCGGUCGGUUCCUGGUUUGCCUGUCGCGUAACGCGCUGAAGAUGCAGAACUGACCUGCGCGGAAGAGAAGAUGGAGAAGGUGUACAGAGAAAAGGUGACUAGACAGUUGAGCACGGAGGCCCUCUCUUCGGCCUCCGGCGCCUCUGGCGCGACUACGCCGUCGCAGGGCAACUCUCACAGAACCGCGACCAACGCAGCAUCGAGGAUAGAGGCAGGAAGUGGAGGAGAAAGAAGAGGAAGGGACGGCGGAGAACGAAGAAGAGAGGCAGGAGCAGCACAGACACACCUUCGAGAUGGAGAGAGAAGAGGACGGCGAAAUGCAGAGAAAACAGGCCCACCGGGAGGGAGAAAAGAAGAACGAGAGACCGAAGAAGGAAGCCGACGAGGAGAGAGAAAGAAACAGUUUGAGGAAUAUGUCUCUUGCCAGCAGGCACAUGCAGGCACGGAAGAAGGCAUUUACGUGAAGGGCGUCCUGCGCGUGAGUGCUGGACGCGUGGACGAGGCCUACGUCAAAGACAGCAGAAAUCCACUUUUGUCCGACUUCCUUGUCGCAGGCUUGAGAGAUCGCAAUCGCGCGUUCCACGGCGACACCGUUGUUCUACAAAUUCACGACUGGACACUGUGGCGGCGACAGGUGGAUGCCUUCUCUCUAGGGGAGGUGACAACCGACGGCGACUCGCGCUCCUCUUCCUCUCAAGACGCCUUGAGCGAGGCGACGUGCCUCGAACUGGUGCGUGAAGGCAAAAUGCUCAGGACUGCAAAGGUCGUCUACGUCGAGACUCGCCUGCUAACCCAAGCAGAGAAAAUGCGCUUGGUGCCUCCUCUCGCUACGGAAGAGGAGAAGGAAGCGAAGGAGAAGAAAGAAGACAAGGACAAGGACAAGGAGAAGAGAGACGAGGACGGAGCUGACGGUGGGCGGGAGAUGUUGGACGACGAGCGUGAGGAAGCUAUGCUCGCGGGGGCAGAAAAAUCACAGCGAAGGGCCAAAGAGACGGCACGGGUGGCUCUCGAUCCUCCGUGGCUUCGCAGGAAUCUGCGCUACAACCGCACCUUCAUCUGCACGCUUCGAGGAAACCAUGCGAACUCCCGGACCGCGCCCGAAGACGAUAUCACCGUCUUCCCAGAUGAUACUUUGUUGAGGGCGAUUCCUCUAGACAAAAGAAUCAGUUGGGUGUUGAUUCCGCUCCGGGAGGCGCAGAACUGGGUUUCGCUCCCGGGUCCCCUCGACAAGCAGCGACUGUACCUCGUCAACGUCGACGUCUGGGAUGCCUUCAACGUUCUCCCCAGAGGAAGCAUAUUGACAUACAUUGGACCUGCGGACUCAGUGCAGACAAUCGAGCGCUGCUGCAUGCUCCAGAACGAUCUCCAAGCUCACAUGUUGCCUCACAGCCAAGAGGUCCUUGCGGAGAGCGACGAGAUCGUGCGCGUCGCAGAGGAAUCUUUCGAAACAGAGGCACGGCGACGCGUCGACCUACGCGGUGUGCGGCGAGUCUUCACAAUCGAUCCUGCGUCUGCGAGGGACCUGGACGACGCAGUUCAUGUUCACCGUCUUCCUGCCUCAGCGUGGACUGGCAGAGAUCCUGAGAUCGAGAUUGGAGUUCAUAUCGCGGACGUCAGUCACUUUCUCUCGCCGCUGUGCAAGACGGACGAAGAAGCGAGAGAGCGAUGCACCACCGUGUACCUCACUCACGUCGUCUUCCCCAUGCUGCCGCGGGCGCUCUGCGACUCGCUCUGCAGCCUCCACCUGGGGUCGCCGAAGUUGACGUUCUCCGUCAACUUUCGCGUCCACGAAGACGGAUCGCUUGUCAAGGCAUGGCCCCCGCGCUUCUACAAAUCGGUGAUGGAGAGCUGCUGUCGCUUCAACUACGAACAGGUCCAGGUGUUGAUUGAUGGAGGAGAUCUGCCUCCUGACUCUCGGCCGACUCUCGCCUCUCCUUGGUCCUCCCCCUCCGUCACCCUCGGGACCUGCGGUUGCUUCGUCGCUCUCUCUCCAGCGUCUGCUUCUUCCUCUUCCUCGGGUGUUUCCUCGCGGUCUGUGGUUCCUGCGAGCUGUGCGCGCGAGAUGACAGGUCCAUCGUUCCCCUUCGCACCUCGAGCGAAUGUCGAAGCAGUCCAGAGCUGCUGCGGAAGCUGUGCGUCGUGCUGCGCCUGCGGCCGCGGCGAGAGGCAGGGACUGGGGGGCGUCGCGCGGAGGUCCGACAGAUUAGAGACAAGAGGGGAGAGGAACAACGAAGAAGCUCGAGAGAACGUCGGAUCCCCAGGCAAGCCUGAUGAGGUCUCCUGGACAGCCGUGGUUGACGACUUGAGACUUCUCGACGCCUUGACUGUGGAAAUUCGGAAGAAACGAUUCGCGAACGGGUCGCUGCUCCUCCACAAAGCAACUCUCCGCUUCGCCUUGGACGCACGAUCCAGACCCACAGACUGGCAUCUCGAAGAGCACUCGCGAUCGCACACGUUGAUAGAGGAGUUGAUGCUUCUGGCCAAUUGCCUGGUCGCUGAGAGGCUCAUCGCCAGCCCCUUUUCCGAUUUGGCUGUUCUUCGUCUGCACCCGCCUCUCCUGGACAAGCAGAGAAAGUCGCUCACUGCAUUUCUCAGCAAACUCGGAAUUUCGACAGACUUUUCGUCCUCGAGGGAAACGCAAAGAACUCUGGAAAGCGUGCGAACCACCAAGGGCGACUGUGCAGCCGUUGCAGUUGAGGCGCUUUUGCGCAAGGCCCUGAAACUCGCUCUGUACUACGUCCACGGAGAUGUUCUCCAGCCUCACUUUGCUCUCCACUUCGAUGAAUACACUCACUUCACUUCUCCUAUCAGGCGAUACGCAGAUGUCCUGGUCCAUCGUCUCCUCGCCUGUAGCCUCGAGUGGGAAUGGCAAAACGAAUCGCAGCCGCCUAUCAGCGUUUCUUCUCCUUCUUCGCCUCCCUCUUCUCCCUCCUUUCCUUCUCGCGCUUCUCCUCUGAGGCAGGGGGAGAGACAGGAGUCCGCGGAGUUGCUGGCAUUCCGACGGCGCGUAGAGGCGAUAUGCGGAGAUAAGGAUCAACUGGAGGCGCUCUGUGGCCAGUGCAAUGCGAAGAAAAUGAAUGCGAAGCAGGCGCAAACGGACUGCGACCGAUUCUUCCUUGCCAUUCACCUGAAACAAAGACGAACGCCUGAGGCGACAGUCGGCGUCGUCUUGAUGCUCCAAGACCGUUCGCUUGUGGUUUUCCUUCCUCUCCUGGACAAAGAACAACGCAUAACAUUUCAAACGGAGGAAGCACGAGGACAGGCGCUGCGCUCCGUCGACCCCGCCAUCCAGAAAUGUGUCGACCUACCUGUUCUCUUCCGCAAGACGUCAACCACCGAGCUGGAAGUUCACUGGGAGAACCGCGCUCGCGGCGAGCGACAGACCCAAACAUUGCAGACGUUUUCAGCUGCGCCCGUCUACGUCUUGCCCACUGAUACAGUUCCUGCAGACUUCCUCCUGACGCUGAUUUCUCCCUUCUCGCCGGACUACGCGAGUGUGAAGGCACAGGAAAAACAAGCCUUUGCUUUCUUUCUGAAUCAAGCUGAAGCGACACCCGACGCUGCGUAAAAGCCAUUGCUUGCACACUCCGGCCAAAAACGACAGCAGAGCUCGUUCUUGAAGACACGAAAGCUUUCUCUCUUCGCGACGUAGUGCUGAGCGCCGGGCAGUCUAAUGGCCGAACUCGAGUUGAGAGAGACGUUUCUGUCGCACUUGGUUUUUUUCCGCGACCCUUUUUGGCAAGCGAAAGCCAGAUAGACGCGAAAUUCGAUUCGCGUUUCCGUUCAACCGGUGGGAAUUGUCGGCUUUCUUUGUCGAUGCAUACGUUUCACUGGGAGCGCUAUCGCCUCGUUUAUGUAGUCGAGGUCGCGGUGCAGGACGGACGGAAAUCUUCCCCGCGCUUUUGCUCAUCCCACAUUGUAGAGAACGCAAAUGCCGCGGAUUGUGUAUCACUCAGCUACGGGAAACAGUGUCUCUGGUGUACGGAAGCCAUAGUUCCCAUUCUUUCAAACGACACACCGGUAGGUUUUCGACAACGAGCAGUCCUCGUCGUUUCCUCUCGCUGCGUGAGUUCGCACAUGCCAAGCACUUGACGGAAGAGUUUGUCAGUAGACAAAAGCAAAGGGGAUCCGGGAAAACGGCAGCUCGUGCCAGGCAAUGGAAACGCCAACUGAGAGCCCCGAACUCAGGGCAUGCAGCAGAGUCAGAUAGCUGCAGCAGUUCCCCGUGUUACAAUUUUUAAGAGGGGACUCAAUAGGAGUCUUUGUUUUUCGUAAGGCGCAGACGAGAGUCGUGAGAGAGAAUCACGCGCCAAACCUAACUCGACAAGACCAUCUCUCACGACAGCAUCGGAUGUGUAACAUCAAGCAUCCUAAACACACAGAUACAUAUUGGUGUGCAUGUGAGCAUGGAAGUCCCUUUGCACUACGAAACGCAGAGCGUCAUUGUGCAUCUGUCCAGUAGAAAUGUAGAAAAAAACGUCUUUGAAAUAUGCAAAUUGAAUUUAUAGGGAUGUGGUAUUUCCUUCCAGCUGAAGUGGGGGAUUCAAGUAGACCCUUCUUUCCAAGACUUUUCAAAGACAGAGUGUGUUUCGAGUUGCCAGCAUGCGAGUUUCUUCGGUCUCACAUAGGAAGAGUUCCACUUUCGACUCCGGCGUUUUCAACUACAUGAUUCUUGUCUUUCAUCAAAGAUGUGACGCAACUUCAAGAUCUUCCGUGAACUCUGUCGGGAACGAGAGACUGGAACGGACCUCACACGGUCGAGAAUGCUCUAUCGUCAUGGGUGUGUUUUACAUGCUGCCGGCAAAAUGUUCCGGUUUCUCUCCGUGUUGGCAUGUACGCUUCGUGGCAACAAAUUUAAGGGCACUCUCUGGACCCUUGAAGCUCCCGUUUUCACGGCUUCUCUACGGUCUAAGAACAAGACAGAACACAUCUUGGCCAUAAUGGGCUCUCUGCAAACUCUAGAGCUGCGGUUGUCAAUUUAGAGUUUGCGCCCUAAUAAUUCUAAGAUCCAAAGUGGUUCCUUUAUCUGCUAUAG